GAAGCUGAAACUUUGUCCCUUCUAAGCCAAGUGUGGUACGUGGAAUCUAACCAGACUUCAUUAGAGAGAUAGGGUUUCAUUUAGGAGAUGCAAUCACAUUGCUUGCAGCAACAGAAUUACAGAAUUGCACUCCAAACUUUCUCACGCUUUUGUCUUUGAGACCUUUAGAAAUCUGGAGCCAAAUGGAUCAAAGAUUACACAUGUGGAUUGUAUGGGAUCAGAAAGUUCUUCUAGUCAUGGUUUCACAGAAUGGAAGUAAGCUACAAAGGUCAAGGUGAUGAUGCAAAUAAUAUAAAAUAAUCUUCUUCAAAAUGCAUUCUAAGUUUUUUCAGUGUAUAUAAAGAAGGCGGUAAGACUCAUCAUCCAAACAAGAAUGUUUGGUCACAAGAAAAAGAUGGAUAGCAUUAUUGGCAAGCACAGCAUUGCGAAAAGAUGGAAGAAACUAAGCGGCGAAGACAACUGGGAAGGCAUGUUGCAUCCUCUCGACAUUGAUCUUCGAAAGUACAUAAUUCACUAUGGCGAAAUGGCUCAAUCUACAUAUGAUGCUUUCAACACAGAGAGGGCAUCAAAGUUUGCAGGAAGCAGCAGGUAUGCCAGGAAGACCUUCUUCUCGAAAGUUGGUUUAGAGAAGGGCAAUGCAUUUAGGUACAACGUGACCAAGUUUGUGUAUGCAACUUCACAAAUUCAAGUCCCGGAAGCGUUUAUCGUUAAGUCUUUGUCAAGGGAGGCUUGGAGCAAAGAAUCAAAUUGGAUGGGGUAUGUUGCUGUGGCCACAGAUGAGGGGAAGGCUGUGUUGGGCAGGAGGGACAUUGUGAUUGCUUGGAGAGGUACUAUUCAGUCCUUGGAGUGGGUUAAUGAUUUGCAGUUCAAUAUGGUUUCUGCUUCAAAAAUACUAGGUGAGGAGGCUGAUGCUAAGGUGCACCAAGGUUGGUACUCCAUCUAUACUUCCGAAGAUUCGCGUUCGCCUUUCAACAAAACCAGUGCCAGAAUUCAGGUUCUUGCUGAGGUGAGCAGACUAGUAGAGCAAUACAAGGAUGAGGAAAUCAGCAUAACCAUAACAGGGCACAGUUUAGGAGCAGCAAUUGCCACACUAAGUGCAAUUGACAUAGUUGCCAACGGUAUCAACAAACCGAAAGACCAGACAACAAACAAACUCUCAUCAUGUCCAGUAACAGCCUUUGUCUUUGCUUGCCCUCGAGUUGGAGAAUCAAACUUCAAGAAAGUCUUCUCUAGCUACAAAAACCUCCGAGUCCUGCGAGUUCGCAAUGCACUCGAUAUUGUCCCCAACUAUCCGUUUCUAGUAGGCUAUUCCGAGGUGGGAGAAGAGCUGGGAAUCGACACUCGAAAGUCGAGCUACUUGAAGGGCCCUGGAAGCGUGGCGAGUUGGCAUAACAUGGAGGGGCAUUUGCAUGGAGUUGCAGGAACUCAAGGGAGUAAAGGAGGGUUCAAGUUGGAAGUGAAGCGUGACAUAGCAUUGGUUAACAAAAGCAAUGAUGCUCUCAAGGAGGAGUAUCUUGUGCCGGUUUCUUGGCGUUGUGAGAAGGACAAGGGGAUGGUUCAAAUGGAUGAUGGUUCUUGGCAGCUCAUGGAUCAUUUGGAGGAUUUUGAUUCUUGACCUUAAUAUAUGACUAGAAUCAUAAAAUGUGUUGGAAUAUAUUUCUAUUGAAUUUUUUUUUUGGUCUGAAAAUUUGUACUGAAAUUGAAACCCAAUAAGAUUCUUCUAAUUGAAUAACUUUCCAUCGAUGGGGAUGUAGCUCAGAUGGUAGAGCGCUCGCUUAGCAUGCGAGAGGUACGGGGAUCGAUACCCCGCAUCUCCAUUUCCU